AUGCCAUUGAAACGCGCCUUUGAUCCGAAACUCAUCGUCAGUGAUGCCGCUGCGUUACGGGCUUGGGAAGACGAUCCACUAGUGAGCCGUGGCAGGAUCACUCCUGGCUAUUUGACAGAGAUGUUGCGCUUGCAAGAUGCCUUAGCUGAGCACCUAAAGAGGCUCAAGGUUCCGGUGUUGCUGCUGUGGGGCACUGGAGACCAGGUGGUCACGGAAGCAGGGCAAAAGCUGGUGCUGGCCGCCGCACCAGGUGCCUCUCAGUUGAAGCGCUAUGACGGUGGCUUUCACAACUUGCUGGCGGAACCGAAGUUGAAGGAUCAGGUGAUUGAGGAUAUCUCUUGCUGGAUCCAAGAGGUUUCAAAGCAAUUUUUGGCGGUUAAAAAAUAG